AUGGCGGCGGCGGCGGCGUCAAUGUCCUCGGAGAAGAGAGAGCUGAGGCGCGUGGCACUGGCGCAUCUGACCAAGUCCGUCCGCGCGGGGGCGGUUAACGACAACCUCAAGAACCAAAGCCAAGACUCAACGGUAGGCGCGUAUGAGGAGGGGGGCGGGGUUGGUGGCACCGUCGCCCUUGCGGCGGCUCUGCUGCGACCCGGCGAGAGCGAGGACGAGGAGGCCAACCAAUCAGUUGGAGGAGAGGGGGACACGGUGCCGCUGCCCCCGAACGUGCACGACGUAGACAAGAUCUUGGUCAAGACGCCGCUGCUGCGGAACGACAACGCGUUCCACGAUACCUUAAACAACGACAGUGGCAUCAGCUGCCCGUUUGUGCUCAACAGACCGGACCAGGAUGGCGAGGGAAUCGAAGCCGUCGUGCGAUUCGGAAAGUCUAUCGCUGGGCACCCAAAGAUCGUUCACGGUGGAGUGACGGCCCUGACGUUCGACAACCUCUUCGGAAUGGCGCUGUUCUUGCAGAACACUGGCGCCGUGUUCACGGCCUACAUCAAGGUGGAUUUCAAGGCGCCGCUGCCGUGCCUCACAACGGCGGUCGUAGACAUCACCGUGGACAGAAAGGAGGGACGCAAGCUCUACGUGACCGGCAGGCUCAAGAGCCUUGACGGGACUGUCACCUUUUCCUCGGCGGAGGCUCUCUUUGUCAAGCCGAAGGAGGCGUCUUCGGGAGGGGGGGAGGGGAGGGAUGGAGAACCCAGCGAGUUGCUCCGGGGCUUGGUGGUGUGAGCGAGAAAGAAGCGUUAGUAUUGUAGUGGCGUUUGAUAGAUAUACUUGUAGCAAUGCCAAGUGGUUGUAGGAUUGUGUGGUACGUGGAAUGUAUUUCCAGGGUGUGCAAGGUACCCCUGUUGUAUACUGCGUCGCCCCCGUACUGAUGGUGCGUGCGCGUGUGCGUGCAGUUCGUUCAUGUGUUCAUGUGAGUCCAUGUUUUUCAUGUGAAGAAGAAGUCUAUACAACAAGCCCAGCACAUCUUUCCUCCUUGGCGCGAGUUCGCCGAGUUGCCGACACCCUAUUCAACACACGUCUUGCGA